AUGAAGUCCUUUGCUUUGCUUACAGCCUCUGCGCUGUUGAGCACCGCCUCUGCUGAGGUUCACAAGCUCAAGCUCGCAAAGGUUCCGCUCGAGGAGCAGUUUAACGCUCACAAUAUCGAAGAGCAUGUCAAGGGCCUUGGACAGAAGUACAUGGGCUACCGUCCCAACUCCAACCAGGACUUCCAGGACACUUCUUUCAAGCCCAACAGUGGUCACGAUGUGUUGGUUGACAACUUCUUGAACGCUCAGUACUUCUCUGAGAUUUCCCUCGGUACCCCGGCCCAGACCUUCAAGGUUGUCCUUGACACUGGUAGCUCCAAUCUGUGGGUCCCCUCAUCGGAGUGCAGCUCUAUUGCCUGCUACCUCCACACCAAGUAUGACUCGUCUUCCUCGAGCACCUACAAGAAGAACGGCACCGAGUUCGCCAUCCAGUAUGGUUCGGGCAGUCUGAGCGGUUUUGUCUCUCAGGAUACCCUGCAGAUCGGCGACCUGAAGGUCGCCAAGCAGGACUUUGCCGAGGCCACCAGCGAGCCCGGCCUGGCCUUCGCUUUCGGCCGUUUCGAUGGUAUCCUGGGUUUGGGAUACGACACCAUCUCUGUCAACAAAAUGGUUCCUCCUUUCUACAACAUGAUGAACCAGGGACUUUUGGAUGAGCCUAAGUUUGCUUUCUACCUGGGCGACGCCAACAAGGAUGGCGAUAACUCCGAGGCCACUUUCGGUGGUGUGGAUGAGAGUCACUACACCGGCGAGAUGAUCAACAUCCCCCUUCGCCGUAAGGCUUACUGGGAGGUUGACUUUGACGCCAUUGCCCUUGGCGAUAACGUCGCUGAGUUGGAGGACACUGGUGUCAUCCUUGACACUGGUACUUCCCUCAUUGCCCUGCCCUCCACCAUGGCCGAGCUUCUGAACAAGGAGAUCGGUGCUACCAAGGGCUUCACUGGCCAGUACACCGUCGACUGUGCUGCCCGUGACUCGCUGCCUGACCUCACACUCACCCUGAGCGGCCACAACUUCACUAUUACCUCCUACGACUACAUCCUGGAGGUACAGGGCUCAUGCAUCAGCAGCUUCAUGGGAAUGGACUUCCCCGAGCCCGUCGGCCCGCUGGCCAUCCUCGGUGAUUCGUUCCUGCGCAAGUGGUACAGCGUCUACGACGUUGGUAACAACGCCGUUGGUCUGGCCAAGGCCAAGUAA